AUGUGCACUCAGACGUCUUUGUUUAUUCGAUUCCUAACAAAAGGAUGCCUUGCUUCUCCUAAGCGUUUUAGUCGUCACCGAGUGAUGCCACCAGAGUUCCGUAAAAAAUAUUUUCCAAUGGUGAAUGAAAAAGAAAUUGACAAUUACCGAAAAGAAAACUUCCCUGACCCGACUUUAAAGGCUCCCCUUAUCUCUCCGGUAAAUGAAGCCCCUCGACACCUCCGGCUGCUUUACCAGGAGUUGCUUCCACACAACCUUGAUCCCCGUUACCGUGACCAUCUCCGAGAACGGCUUGAACGCCGUGAAAUGAUGCUCCGCAGACGGCACUUACAAAUCCCUGAAUUCUAUGUCGGAUCGAUUCUGGCAGCUACGGUUGCAGAUAAGUUUGCACCUAACAGACGAAAUCGAUUUGUCGGAAUCUGCAUCGAACGCAAUAAUGAGGGACUUUGGAGCAAUUUUACUCUUCGCAAUGUUAUUGAUCGGACAGCUGUUGAGGUGAACUUUGAGCUCUAUAAUCCGACCUUGAUAUCGAUAGAGGUCUUGUUGUUGGAGAAGCGUCUUGACCGGAACCUUCUCUACUUACGCGAUGCCCCUUUGUCCGAGUCCCGUAUUCCCUUCGAUUUUGCGCCUGUGCCUCACGAUAAAGGUGCUCCUGUUCUUGUCAAUGACAAGAAGGUGAAACUGUUACCAAGACCGUGGCACUUCCAGUGGCAUCUGCAUGGAUAUCGAGGAAUCGACCUCGACUCCAUGUACAGUCAGCUUACUAGUGAUGAACUGAAACAAAUUGAGAAGAAGAUUGAAUACGCAGACCGUUACGACUUAAUGAAAAUAUAUCGGUCGAGGAACACACCUGCAGACUGCAACAUGGUAAUGGGUGAAGUUGGUCUCCAACACACGCAGUUGCUCCAACAUAUCGACUUACUUAAAGGGCAAUGGCAAAAUGGUGUCCGGAAUUCGUCUGACUCUUAG